GAGGCUGGGCUGAACACACACACGCACACGCACACACCUCUUACUGACUGCAGGAGUGUUUCCCUUCACUAACAGUCAGACCGCCGUGGAAAACAAACCCCGGACCCGUCUCCACAAUAUUAUUUCAAGAUUUAUUGGUCCGCCGGACGUGGUUUGAUCCGGAAAGUGUAUCGCUGCUGGAAAGUGAUUUCUUCUUCGACGGUUCAUUAGAGCUCCUCAAUCUGACUGAUGUUCCUUAUUUCUAACAAGCAAGAGAUGUUGCCCUGAUCAGCGAUUGUUGGGACCUUCAUUCAACAAGAUGUCCACCACCACAGAAAAUGGAAUGGGAGGGCUUCGGAAUACCAGCAGAGAGAAAACCUACAAGAAGACGCCAUCAUCAGCCUUGAAGGGUUCUAUUCAACUGGGCAUCGGCUACACAGUGGGGAACCUCACGUCCAAGCCCGACAGAGACGUUCUUAUGCAAGACUUUUACGUGGUGGAGAGCGUGUUUCUGCCCAGUGAGGGAAGCAACUUGACCCCGGCGCAUCACUACCCUGACUUUCGCUUCAAGAACUAUGCUCCCCUCGCCUUCCGCUACUUCAGGGAUCUGUUCGGCAUCAAACCAGAUGACUACCUGUACUCGCUGGUUAAUGAGCCUCUGAUUGAACUGACUAACCCCGGUGCUAGUGGAUCGCUAUUCUACCUGACCAGCGACGAUGAGUUCAUCAUCAAAACUGUCCAGCACAAGGAGGCCAAAUUUCUUCAGAGACUACUACCUGGCUAUUACAUGAACCUGAACCAGAAUCCUCGCACACUUCUGCCCAAGUUCUACGGUCUGUACUGUAUCCAGUCUGGGGGCAUCAACAUCAGACUGGUGGUGAUGAACAAUGUGCUGCCCCGCACGGUGAAAAUGCACUACAAAUAUGACCUGAAAGGGUCCACCUACAAGAGGCGAGCCUCCAGGAAGGAGAGGGAGAAGGCGUCGCCCACCUUCAAAGACCUGGACUUCCAGGACAUGCACGAAGAAGGGCUGUACUUCGACACAGAGACCUAUAACAACCUGAUGAAGACGCUACAGAGAGAUUGUCGGGUUCUGGAGAGUUUUAAGAUCAUGGACUACAGCCUGCUGCUGGGCGUCCACGUCCUGGACCACAGCCACAGGGAAGGCUAUGAUCCAGGACAGGCGGGGGGCGACGGGAGGAGGCCAGUGGGUCAAAGGGUCCUCUACUCCACUGCUAUGGAGUCCAUCCAGGGAGACGGCAAGGCGGCGGAGGCUGUAACAACAGACGACACAAUGGGAGGGAUUCCUGCCAAAACACACAAAGAGGAAAAGAUCCUCAUAUACCUCGGCAUCAUAGACAUUCUGCAGUCGUACAGGUUGAUCAAAAAGCUGGAGCACUCGUGGAAAGCUCUGGUGUACGACGGUGACUCCGUGUCGGUGCACCGUCCCGGGUUCUACGCCAGCCGCUUCCUCAAGUUCAUGAGCACCCGAGUCUUCAGGAAGAGCCAGCCGUUUCGAUUCUCCCCUUCAAAGAGGACUCGGACUUCCAUCAGUGCUCUGAAGGCGUCCUCUCAGGAGAUCCUUUCAUCUCACGAUGAGAGAAGAGAAGAGAAGUACCGGCGGGACCGACUGGGCGGAGCUCACAGCCUGGCCAGUCUGGACGGACCAGCUGUGUUUGGGUCAUAUCUGCGUCCCGAUCUGGUCCCGACCCACUCGGCCUUCUACCACGGCUCCUCCAUGGGAACCAUCUCCACCUCCUCCAUUUUUGUCAACGUGGACAACCAAACCGACGACAGCCGAGACGACGCGUCCCGCUCCACCUUCACACUGGAGGACAGCGCCAUCUGCCUGACCUCGGAGCAGAGCACCAUGAUGGACAUGGACAUGGACCGCGACGACGGCUCAGUACUUGACGUUUACUUGUGAGCUGAGCCGCCUCACCACCUCCACUUCCUCCUGCCAAAACAUCCGAGGCAUCACUCCAUGGGACCCGGGCCCAGUGCUGCUAUCUUCAUGUUGCCAAUGUUUUUGAAAAGGACUAAGAGUCACCUGGGAGGCCAUGUGACCUGCGUCAUGUGACGUGAAGAACAUCUGCUUGAGUCACUGCAGUGAUUUUAGUUUCCCCACACGUGUAGUGAUUUCACUGCGAGCAGAGCGUUUGUGUCUUCGCCAGAGAACUGAAAGACUCUGAGACGUUUACAGUGAAUUCUGUAGCCGGGGGGGAGGAGCGACGUCCGAAUUACUGUAAGAAAGACUCGCUCCUGUGACGCUGCUUCGGUGGUCGGGCCGCUCCACAUCAGCUUCCAUCUGAACUGUGUGAACUUGCACUUUUUUUUUCUUGCUGCCAAUGCACAACUCUGCACGUCAGUGAUACAGAUGAUUUUUAUUUUUGUUGCUUUUACUGUAUCUUCAGAUACUGACCAGGCCGAAGCUUCGAUACCUCUUCAUCAAUCCAAAUAUUCCCACGUGGAGGAUCACAUGUCAGUCCAGAUCGUAAUUUAACAUGUAAAUCUUAUAUAUAUAUAUAUAUUCCAUUUGCUGACAAAUCUCUGAAUGUAAAGACAAAUGCAUAUU